CUUGAAUCCUACAACAUUACCUGAAUAUUCUAUCCAUUUACACAUCUACAUACCACCCAAAAGAACUCACAAGAAAAUAUACCAUCGCUCUCUAACCUAUUCGUCUAGACUUUUCUCGCAUUGCUCAUCUCAACCCUGAAUAACUUGAUAGCCAAACCAGAGAGCCGCUUUGAAGAUGUCAAAUUACGACUGCUCUGACCUCCCUGACCUCCUAGGAACUGAUGUGGGCUUGUCGGAUUCCGAUUUUAAUUGUAACGUCGUGAAUAACUACAACUCCAACCUCUGCGUUGACGACGAGCAUUACUCUGAAUUCAGACCCUUCGUAGGUGCUGAUGAGUAUGGCUUCGACCCGAACCUAGUUUUGGGUGACAAUGAGGAUACCAUCUACUCUGACGACACGUGCAACACGCUUUCGAUUGGCCAAGACCAGGGCUCUACCGACGCAUCGCUGCCAUUUGACCGCCCUUUGGAACGGUAAGGUUUUUUUUUUUUAUACACGCUAACAAAAAGGGUGUGUGCGUUCAGCAGAUUUUCCAGACCCACUCACACAGUCGUGACCCAAUGUAAUAAUUAUGGGGAUUCGACUACCCAGGUACCCCAAGUCAACUUUAAUAUGGGGCUUGAGAACCAAUACAAUGGCCUACAUACGCCUGGCAAUUAUAAAGUUCGGGGACCUUCUACAUACAUAUGUGCAGAAUGCCGUGAGCCGUUCGAGCAGCGCUAUAAACUUGAUUAUCACGCCUCCGAGCAAAGGCAUCAACCGUUCGGAUGUUCAUGUGGCAAGACAUUUUCACGAAUCGACAGUUUGACUCGUCAUUGCGCAUCAUUCUGCAAGGGCGGUAAUUUGUUUCCUUGCAAAUAUUGUAAGGCUUAUCGUGGCAACCAUAGUUUUACCCGACGCGAUCAUCUUGUUCAGCAUCUUGGUGGGUAUCACAAAUUCAGCCCCGAGGAAAUCGAGGAGGUCUGUCCUAAAACCAGACAAGCAAUAUCAUGGAAGGUACUCCGGCAGCGCUGUCCGUAUCCUGAAUGCGACUCUCUUAGGGACGAAGCGUCUCGGGGUUUACGAGCGCCAUUUCCAAAGCAGUCGGAUUACAGCGCCCAUCUGAGAGACGUUCACAAGGUUACACCAUUCCCGUGUCCUGUGUCCGGAUGUGAGCGAGUCGGUGCCAAGGGGUACGUGGCUGGGAGUGGCCUUAUAGGGUAUUUAUCACAGGUGCACCCGGCCGAUCCACAGGCAUUGCUGAAAUUUCGCAACGACCUCCGGAAUUUCAAAGGUCCGGAAUUUCAAAGGCUUGUGCGAUGUUUGCAGCAUGUGCUUUUAUUCUAUAGCGGAUUCAAAUCUGCAUGUUCGUGUCUGUCGGCCGAAUUAAUCGCGCCCAUGAAGUAUUGGUUCGACACUAUACUGGAAAGAUGGUCUGCUGUUAAGUAGAUGACUUCAUGGUCUGGUUCGAGUCGAUGUGGAUAGGAGAUAGUGAUCUAAGGCGCCGUGUCAGACUACGUGCCAGCGGUGGAUGGAUCAAGAUCAGGGGCUUCGGUAGGCAAUCGCACGCAUUUAGUUCUCAAGCAAGAUUGCCGCCGCCCUGCUUUCCUCAUUGGCUCGUUCUAGAGUUUCUCUUUUCGAUUCUCCCGUUCACAACGUUGAUUGAUUUUUAGCUCUUUGGGUGUCUCGUGCUGGUCUCUGUACUGGGGUAUCAAUCAUUUUGCCUAGACAUAUUGGGAUUGGGUUUAUUGUUGAGUUUUCUCUCUUGGGGAUUGGAGAUUGGUGCUGGCUGUUAGGUAUUCACAGUUCAUUCGUUUGGUUGAUUCAAAUGUAUAAUCACAAAAAAAUACCAACUUCUUUCCCUCCUUUGACACUACUAAUUUAAACCAUUUCAUAUAUUCGA